CUGUUAGUAAAAAAUCUAAAAAAAAAAGAGAAAAUCUUCAUAAUCUUCCCUAAUUAGCCGUCAUUAGCGUUAAAUGUUAUAGUUAAGCAGGAAACGCGGGUGGUGGUUCCAUGCAUGCAUAGCUAGCCCAUCCAGGAUUCCCGGUCCGAUUCUAACUUUAUGCCAACGAGGACGCGUUGCCAUAUAAGAUCAUCCAAUGCAUCUAGUGAAUCGAUCCCGAUCGAUCAGAAUUAAUCUUAUCUCCCGUCCUCCUCGUCGCCGCUACUCGCCAUCGACGAUCCCAUGGAAUCAGGAUCGAUGGAUAUCACAGCCAUCGACGAUCCCAAGGAGUUUGACAUGCUGCUGGGACGAUGGCACCCGAUCGAAGGAAGUAGCGGCUACGACGGGUCACCGUUUUGUGAAAAGAGGAUCCAGAUCGUGACGGGGAAGACGACGACACCGCCGCCGCCGCCGGCCACACCGUUGUGUGCGGCGGCUAGGGGCAGGUUUGCUGCCUGCCCCGCCGUCAGGCACCGUACGCCCAAGGAGAACGCGCGCCUCCGGUACGUCGACUCCGGCAGGCAGCGCCGUGCCGCCGAAGGGUGCACGCCGCUGGGGCGCUCCCGCGACGUGCGGCGCCACCGGCGCGUCUACCGAAUCACCGUCUUCGCCGCCGUCGACCACGACUCCUUCGCCGCCCGCGGCGCCGAAGGGACCAUGCUCCUCCACCGCCACGUCCAACGCUCGGUCGUCGAUGGCCGCGCCUCGCGCAUCUCGGUCGGUUGCCGGAUCAAGCACCACCGCCUGAGCGGCUUGGUCCCCGCCGCCGAGACGGGCGCCACUUGCCCGCCGCCGGCCGCUGACUCGGCGGCCAUGGAGGGCGGCGUCGCGGAGUCAGAGUCGCCGCCGCCGCCGCAGCACCCUCUCGCCGACGCUCUCGCGUCGAGCUUGGAUUCUUGCACGCUGGCCUCAGACACGGCGGAUCCCGGGGACGGCGACCUCGCGCUAGAUUUACCGUUCAUGUCAGUUUGACAGAGGAGACAGCAGCCUCGCGCUAGAUCGAGUUAGUGAUCUACUUAGGUUGCAUGCAUAUUUGAUUUCAAUUUAGGUUACCAAAUUAGCACGCAUGUUUGAUCACGUCUCAAUUUGAAUAAAGCUCUAUGCUCACCCUACAGAUCAAUGCAGCAUUUUACUAUCAUUUACAAAGGUAAACUUUAUAAUCGUCACAAUAUUUUCUUAACAGCCAUCCAUCUAUAUACACAUACAUACACGACAGAAGAACAAUCCCACGGCAGAUUGUGAUUCGUAAAUAAUAUUACAGCGGUGCAAAUUCCAUCAGUAGUAUAAUUAAUCAUGUUACCUAGAGAUCCAGCCUGACAGCCGCAACACAAAACAUCACAACAGAAGCAGGUGCGUUCGUCGUCGUGCGGUAGGCCCAUGUAUUUGUAUUUGAUUAAUGCACAGAUGGUAGAGAGUGAUUCAGACAUCUCAACCAGAAGCAACUGAAGAUGCAUGAACUGUACAGGAGAAAAUGGAGCAUUACCAUCCAUGAGCUUCUCGCAUGUUUGCAUCCUAUUUUUUCCUUUUUUAUUU